AUGGCUGAGAGAAGAGCCAUCUUCUCACAGUCCUGCCCACUACAUCUCGGGUCAGUGAAUGAAGGAAGAAUCCAAUGCCCUUAUCAUGGAUGGGAGUAUUCAACUGAUGGAAAAUGUGAGAAAAUGCCAUCUACCCGCAAGCUUAAUGUGCAAAUAAAAUCUUUACCAUGUUUCAAAAACGAAGGAAUGGUCUGGAUUUGGCCAGGUGAUGAACCUCCAAUGGCUAUUCUUCCUUCUUUGCAACCUCCUCCGGGAUUUCAAAUUCAUGCAGAGAUUGUGAUGGAGCUACCAGUAGAGCACGGGCUUCUCCUUGACAAUAUUCUAGACCUUGCACAUGCUCCUUUUACUCAUACUUCCACCUUUGCAAAGGGAUGGAGUGUUCCAAGGUAUGGAUUUAUUUUGAAGAUGUCUACAAUUCAUUCAAUCAUGAGGUUGAAAAUAGAAUGAGAAGAGAAAAUAGAGACUAAGAGCAUAUGAACAUGUAUUCACUGGUUUCUCAUGCAAAUAAAUGGUUCAUGUUUUGAU